AUGGAGAGCUGGAAGUGCGUGCGGGAGGUGUCCUUCCCGUCAUCAAGAAUGAACGAAUAUCGCCAUCUGCUGCUAUCCGACUUCUCCGACGCCGCCCCGACUCUGCCGCCCGAGGAGCUCAUGGCGAUGCAACAAGAUGAAGCCGGCCGCCAGCGCCGCCCGGGAGCCCACGGCCUCGGCUUCUUGAUUGUCUCGCAGGUUCAUUGUAGCAGCGCCAUGGCGGACCGCCUGAACAGCAUGUCCGUCGGCGACAGCGUCCAGCUGGCGUGUCGUGAUUCGCUGCUGCCGUUUUUGCAGCAGGAGGCGCGCGCAGCAGGGGGAGGGGGAAGCGCCGGGGGCGGGGGAGGCGGAGCGGGGUCGGAAGGGGGAGAGCUGAAGCUUCUGGAAGUGGAGGAGUCGAUGCUGGCAGAGCUGCUGAGCGACGGGCUGGUUAUAAAGGGUACACCGGAGGAGGGGGACGAGGCAGUUCUCUGCACUCGCAGCAGCACCUUCGCACUCAAGCUGGUUACCACCACCAACCUGCUGCUCCUCGUCCCUCCACAUGAAAACUCACCUGGAAAAAACACCUGA